UACAGGCUCUUUGGAUUAACAUGAGCAGCGUCCGCAAGCGGUGCUUUUGACUGGGUGUACAGCAGAACCUGUGAAGCUUGGGAAUUGGGCGCCUUGAAAUGAAUUUGCUUGAUUGAUGGAGCCCUGUUGAGCACAGAUAUCGAGCUGAAGCUGCUUCCAGGAUCCAGGGAGACCAAGAGAAGAGAAGCAAGCUCACCAUCUGAUUUGGCAGAUUCCAGAGUCAAAACGGAAUAGCGUUCCAGCAGUCCUGUGUGCCGAGUCUGAAAAAUGCCAGGGAUGAAGUCAAGUGGAAGAAGCAGUGGUGCUGCAAUCGUUCUCCUUCUGGUCCAUCUGGGUGCUGCACUGGAAGUGCCUCUUGAUCCAAAAAUCCUGGAUGAACUGCCGCAGCCCCCUACAAUCACCCACCAGUCUCCGAAGGAUUACAUCAUAGACCCCAGAGAUAACAUCCUAAUCCAGUGUGAAGCCAAAGGGAACCCAGCUCCCAGGUUUUCGUGGACACGCAAUGGAACCCAUUUCAACAUUGACAAAGACCCUCGUGUGAUGAUGAAGCCCGACUCCGGGACUCUGUUGAUUGACAUUGUGGGCGGGGGGAAGGCAGAAGCUUAUGAAGGAGAGUAUCAGUGUACGGCAAGAAAUGACCGUGGUACAGCUGUCUCCAACAAGAUCGUCAUCCGCCAGUCCAGGUCACCCAUGUGGGCCAAAGAGAAGAUCGAGCCGAAAGUGGUCCAAGAAGGAGCUUCACUGGUUCUCCACUGUGACCCUCCGUCAGGCCUGCCACCACCCAUCAUCUUCUGGAUGGAUAACUCAAUGCAAAGGUUUACACAGGAUGCUCGGGUUUCACAGGGUCUUAACGGAGAUCUGUAUUUCUCAAAUGUUCAACCAGAGGAUACCCGAGCAGAUUAUAUCUGCUAUGCCAGAUUCAACCACACUCAAACUAUACAGCAGAAGCAGCCAAUCUCUGUCAAGGUCAUGACACUGGGCACGAUCAAUGAGACUUACGGAGUUUACCCCAAUGGCACUGAGCUAUACGGUGACAGCCCUGCAGGCGAGCGAAGGCCCACCAUUCUCACCCCCAGGGGUACAAGCAGCAGGAAGACUGUGCUGAGAGGACAAGUGUUGUACCUGGAGUGCAUCGCUGAAGGCCUGCCAACACCGGUAAUCCAUUGGACAAAAGAAGGGGGAGAGCUACCCAGUGACAGAGCCUUUGAGAUCAAUUUUAAGAAGACCCUGAAAAUCAUUCACGUAUCGGAGGCAGAUGCAGGGAAAUACCGAUGCACUGCAAAGAAUUAUUUGGGAACCAGUUCACAUGUUAUUGCAGUAACAGUCAAAGCCGCACCGUACUGGAUCAGUGAGCCAAAGAACCUGAUUCUGGCUCCUGGGGAAGAUGGGAGACUCAUCUGCAGAGCAAAUGGCAAUCCCAAGCCUGCCAUCCAAUGGCUGGUCAACGGAUUUCCCAUUGAAAAUGCCCCCAGUGACAUCAGCAGGAAUGUAAUGGAAGACACCAUCAGCUUCACCAAAGUCCACACCUCAUCCAGUGCCGUUUACCAGUGCAAUGCUUCAAAUGAGCAUGGAUACCUAAUGGCGAAUGCUUUCGUCAAUGUACUCGCUGAGUCACCCAGAAUGCUUUCUGAACCUGACCAAGUUUAUCAAGUAAUUGCCAACAAGCCUGCACUGCUGGACUGUGAAUUUUUUGGAUCACCAAUACCUCAAAUUCAGUGGUUCAAGGAUGACCAAGGCAGUGUACUCCAUGGUGACUCAUACACUGUGCAUGAAAAUGGCUCUCUGGAAAUUGCCUUUGCGCAGAAAAAUGACAGUGGCACCUACACCUGUGUAGCAACCAAUUCUCGUGGCGUGGUCCAAAACCGAGCCAUCCUGCAGAUCAAAGAUCCGACAACCAUUAUUAAACAGCCACGCUAUCAGUCUGUGCAGACACUGGGUACAGCUGUCUUCGAGUGCAAAGUGAAGCAUGACCCAACGCUCUCACCAACCAUUAUAUGGCUGAAAAAUAAUGAGGAACUGCCUGAUGACAACAGGCACCAGCCAUCAGGUGACGUCUUGACCAUUCUUGAUGUAGCUGAAGAAGACCAGGGAUCCUAUACGUGUGUAGUGAACACCACGCUGGACACCAACUCUGCGACAGCUCACCUCACUGUCCUAGCCCGCCCCUCAACUCCAGCUAGUCCUCACGAUCGUCCCGAUCCACCGAUAGAUCUGGAAUUAACCAAUCCUCGAGACAGGAGCGUACAGUUGUCAUGGAUACCAGGAGAGGAGCACAACAGUCCCAUUACAAAGUUUGUCAUUGAAUAUGAAGAGGAUCAGUUUGAACCCGGACUGUGGCGACACCUGGCUGAUGUGGAGGGGACACAAACCACUGCAGAACUGAAGCUCUCACCAUUUGUCAACUACAUCUUCCGGGUCAUUGCUGUCAAUGAAAUUGGUAGAAGUGAGCCAAGUCUCCCAUCGGAGCGCUACUUUACACAACCAGCAGCUCCUGAUGAAAAUCCGUCAGGGGUUCAAGGGAUGGGGAAUGACCCCAAUAAUCUAGUGAUUACAUGGGAGCCUCUGGAAGGUGUCCAACACAAUGGACUAGGCCUGACUUAUAAAGUCAGCUGGAGACAGAAGGUUGGUGAUGAUGAGUGGACAUCGGUGAUGGUCGCCAACGUUUCAAAAUACACUGUCUCGGGCACACCAGAAUUUUCUCCCUAUGAGCUGAAAGUGCAGGCGUUCAAUAGCUUCGGAGCUGCCCCGGAGCCAGAGGUUGUGAUCGGAUACUCUGGAGAAGACUUACCGAUGUUGGCUCCCAGCAACGUGCGAGUCCAUGUUGUGAACAGCACACUUGCAAAGGUUCACUGGGAUCCAGUUCCACCAAAAUCUGUCCGUGGAUUCCUCAAGGGAUAUAAAAUCUAUUACUGGAAGCAAGGAAGCCUCCUCAAAAGGAGCAAACGGCACGAAGAGAUGAAGAUCCUGACCUUUAGUGGAAAUAAGAGUCACGGCAUGUUGCCAGGGUUGGAGCCAUUCAGUGUUUAUAAGCUCAACGUUCGCGUCUUCAAUGGGAAAGGAGAUGGACCUCCAAGUCCUGAUAUGAUACUGAAAACUCCUGAGGGAGUGCCUAGUUCACCAGCAUACUUGAAGAUUACAAGCCCAAUGCUUGAUUCCUUGACGCUGCAGUGGGCCCCACCACUUCACCCAAAUGGCAUUCUCAAAGGAUACACACUCAAGUACCAGCGCAUUAACAGCACACAUGAACUGGGUCCUCUGGUGGAGAUCACGAUCCCUGUAGAAAACGAGACCAGCUGGACUCUGAGGAACCUCAACUACAGCACCCGCUACAAGUUCUAUCUCAGCGCCUAUACGAGUGUGGGCGCUGGCAGUGAGUUAACAGAAGAGGCUAUUACAGUGAUGGAUGAAGGAGUAUCUUCAAUAUCUCCAUUACUGAAAACAGAUAUAAUAAUUCCAGUUGAUAAAACAAUGAAGGUCAUGAUCCUUCGUCCAGUAAUUACGAACAUUACCUCAUCUUCAACCCAAGCAAAUAUCAGUUGGGAGUUUGACCGAACGGAUGUGCAGUUUUAUGUUGAAUAUAAGAUAGCUAACAGUAAAGAGCCUUGGGACAGAAUGCAGAUAAAUGCCUCGCAGACCACCUUUGUACUAAAGGGCUUGUUGCCGGGGACAGUUUACAGCGUGCAAGUGGUUGCCGAAAACCACGCUGGCCAGUUGCGGAGUAAGGACAAGCAGUUUGUGACCCGUCCACCAGCUAUGGCAAGCCGUCAGGUAGAUAUUGCCACCCAGGGUUGGUUCAUUGGUUUGAUGUGUGCCAUCGCCCUUCUGAUCCUGAUUCUGCUGAUUGUCUGCUUCAUCAAAAGGAAUAAAGGAGGCAAAUACCCAGUAAAGGAGAAGGAAGAUGCUCACGCAGACCCUGAGAUUCAGCCCAUGAAAGAGGAUGAUGGAGCCUUCGGUGAAUACAGUGACACAGAGGACCAUAAGCCACUUAAAGGUAGCCGGACACCUUCUGACGGGACGGUUAAGAAGGGCGUGAGUGAUGACAGCUUGGUUGACUACGGUGAAGGUGGGGAAGGGCAGUUCAAUGAAGAUGGCUCUUUUAUUGGACAGUACAGUGGAAAGAAGGAAAAGGAAACGGUGGAGGGCAACGAGAGCUCUGAAGCCCCGUCCCCGGUCAAUGCCAUGAACUCCUUUGUCUAACACGAGGGGAAGCUGUGGAAUCAUCCAACACCCCAUGCACCAAUAAAUCGUAGAGUUUAUCCAUUUACACUUUAUCUCCUGACUUGUCAUUACAUGCACGUUCAGAAAUAAAGGAAUGAUGGGAAGUUAGUGCCUAAAUAUUCAGAGUGUACAGAUGAACCAAAACAAAAGGAGGGAAAACGUAAUAUGAGUUUUCAGGACUGAAGCUGAAGAGAGAAGGGAUUGGGAAUUAUUGAACACUAAUCUGGAACAGAAGUUCAUCUCCUGUGUGUAUAGCAUUCAACUUUGGCACAUCAUAUGUUGGAUUCCACUUCUUCAUGUCCUCUUGGUUUGCGCUAACAUAGUGCAUGAGAACAACGUUUAUCUCACUGCCACCUAAGAUAGAUGAGUGUAUGCUGUGAUGACAGUGGUCUGUAUAAUAUUUGUUUAUAAAGUGCACUGUGCAGUGACUGAAAAUGAACCUCGUUUUGUCGUCAGUGUUCGAUUGGUAUUCUAGAGCUUGCCAAUGUCGGUGGGACAUUGUUGUGAAGGUGGUAAUGACUUUUCUUUGAAUGUAUAACAACUGUUUGUGUCUUUUUUGCAAGACAGCAAAAAAAUGGGAGGGGGUUGAUUGUAUUGGAUCCCAGUGGAUUUAAAAUGGAAUGUUUUGGGAUGGUAACCGAGCCUCUUGUUUGUACCAUAAUGUUGUAGUUCCUAUUCUAUCAACUGAGAAAGCAAGAGGGAAUACUUUCUCCAAUUAUGAGAGAACUGCAAAGUUCUUAUAUCACCACACUGAUGGGCACAAUUCACACUCUAAUGAUAUGAGCACAUUAAACCUCUCAAAGCCUUACACACCUUUCUAUGUAAAUUAAAACUGGCCACUUUUAACACAAAUACUCUAAUGCAAGGAUGCCACACACCACAAUUCAGUAUGGCAUUUACCUUCCAUUUCUAUCUAUUAUAGUUCGUUUCACUGCCUUCUAAGAUCCAAAUUGAAAGAAAAAAAAGUCAGUGUGGCCUUUUUUUAACUAAAAGUGAUUUUUCUUUGUUCUAUCCAAAUCCUUUGUGGACAUUAGUUGUGAAAUAUGGGGAUUAAAUGAAUUGGGAUUACAAGCCCUUGGUUGCAAGAACGUUGUUUGUUUGCCAUUUUCUUUCCUUCAUAACUUGCAUCAAGUUUAAUCAAGCUUCUUUUUGUUGUAGAUAUUGUGUUGUAUUUUGUAAAUAUGCUGUAACGUGUCAAUACCACGGGCUUCAACAUUGCCCUAUUGCAGCUCGGUUUGCCUUGUGUAUGAAGUGAAAUGUUCUCAACUGAGUGCAUAGGAUUUAGUGCUAGGGUUGUCAACCCUCCAGUAUUUUCCUUAAGUCUCCAAUGAUUAACUACAAAUCUUACUGUAUUAACCUUCUCCAUAUUCAAUAAGGUAUGAUCAUAUUGAAUUGUGGAAUAGGUACAAGCAGCUGAAUGGCUACUCCUGCUUCUGCUACUUACAUGCAGUAGAUCAUUCUUUGCUAUUUUCACCACCAUAUCAUCAUCACGUCACCAUCAAACACAUCUCUUUCAUCUUUACAAAGGGAUUAGUCCCUCCAAGGCACUGUGGUCCACUCCUCAAUAACACUUAACACCACACUACCAUAAUACGACAUCUUUGCUUUUGGGUGAUGCAGCACUUAGCCUUUCGCAGUCAUUAUUUGCUCUCCCGGGCAACAAACACUCUUCACAACUGAAACAGAGUUUCAUUUCUGCAUGGCACACAAUGCAAACUCUGCAACAUCAGGAAGAACAAACCCAGUCUGGAUGACUGAUUCCUGAAGCACUUUUGUUGAGUCCACAAAAGCAACUCCAACUUCUAGUCACCCAUUACUUUAUUUCCUUGACCCAUGACUGGUUCAUUCCUCUCACCUGGACAUCCAAUACUAAACUUGAGGAUCAACAACUCAACUUCUAAUUCAGCACUUCUUUACUCACUUUCAGACUAAACAACAAAUUUAAUAAUUUCAGAUAAUAGUAUUUUAUUGUCAAUUGCAGUUGAUUCAGCUUUUUCCAUUUCCAUUUCCACUUGACCCAUUGCUACCUUCUUGUCUUGUCACGCCUCCUCGCUUUCACAUCACAGAUCUUCCCUUUUACAUUCCCAAAGCCACCAGCAAUUCCCACCCAUGUGGCUGCAUAAAACUUUGUUAAUAUCCAACUUCUUCCAUUUCUGAUGAAGGGUCAUCAAUUUAAAAUAUCAGCUCUAUUUCUUUUUCCAGAAGUACAGACAGACCUGUUGAGUAGCUCCAGAGUUUCCUCUUUGUAUUUAACCUCUUGGUUAGGAGCACCCAGGAGAAAAUCUUUGGGAUUCCACCAUGAAUGCCCGUUUAGUUUCCUUGUUAUAAACAUAUGGGUGAAUAUGUCUGUGUUCUACGUGGAUGGAGCAUUUGGGGUCUGAAGCCCAGGGGAAGAAAUCUCCAAAAAUCUAACUGUUUGUUUAAAAGUUUUAUUCUCUCACUGCGUUUUUUUUUUGCUGCUGAUCUGUAACACUGCAAAGUCACUGGCUGUGGAGUAUUCUGUUUUUGAUUAACUGGGAUAUCUCACUUCCAAGAUUACAUUCUGCUUCUCUGGGAACUGCUUACAGUGUGGGAAAGGCUAAUUCUCACUCCUUAUUCAAAAUAGUCGCCACUUGCAAAAUGCCUCUUUAAAAAAAAAAUUGCUUUUGGAGCUAUUGUUUUUUUCCCUCCCAGUUAACUGAUGGGACAGGACAGGAGCCAGGAAACAGUCCGUGGGACAUCUUACUCUUGGCAGAUUCAAUGCGGUAAUGGGCGUCUCUUGUGAGACUUAGUAUUGAGGCUGGUGGGUCAAAAUUAAUCUUGAGUGCUGGUGAUGUGGAUGUGAGAUUUCUCUUUGCAUGGGAAGGCAUGCAGUCAGAUUGGAAGGUAUCUGCUAUGCCUUGUUGCUCUGCAUCGCCAGUAAGUUUACUGAUUUUGUAUUGGAAUAAAAGAAGCAAAUGGGAAAAUAAAUGUGCUCUAGACUUUCA